GUCCGGCGCAGCUCUGCGCAAAAGGCACAUCGGAUCCUCUGGGAGCUCCUUGUCCGAGCCAUGCCCAGCGCCGCUCCGAGUCCCAGGGAGAUGCCCAGCCCUUGGGGAGACGACCUGCCAGGGGCAGCCAUGCAGACGGCGUGCUUUCCGCCGCCUCGCCAAAGAGAUGCCGGGAGCUUCCCGGAGGAGCCCGAACGGAGGCGCAAAGCCAGGCCCGUGCGCUCCAAGGCCCGGCGCAUGGCCGCCAAUGUGCGGGAGCGCAAGCGCAUCCUGGAUUACAACCAAGCUUUCAACGCCCUCCGCCUGACCCUCAAGCACGAUCUGGGGGGCAAGAGGCUCUCCAAGAUCGCCACCCUGCGCCGGGCCAUCCACCGCAUCGCCAGCCUCUCCUGCUCCCUGAGGAUUCCUAGGCCCACGCCCAAGGGGUCCUGCACCCACCCAGAAUGCCACGAGGCGUGGGGUGAGCCUGGAGCCAGGAGUCACCAGCUGGGGCUUUUCCAGCCACCGCCAGAGUCCGGCUAUCUGACUACGGCUCUCUUUCAGCCUUCUUCUGCUCUGUCUCUGGCCGGAGGUCCCGAAGAGGGCGAGGAAGUACCGAACCCCACCUGUUACCUGAGUCAUCAUCGCCUCCUCCCGAGUCCCGCUGCCUGUCAGCAAAGACGUGGACCUGACACUCCAACUGGCCCUACGGGGCCUUUUCCAUGGGAAUACAGAUUUUUCUAA